AUGACCGAAACAACACCAGCUGCUCAACUACAGAUCCCCAUUUGGCUGGACUGCGAUCCAGGCCAUGACGACGCUGUGGCCAUGUUGCUAUCCUGCUUCCAUCCAGCCUUCGAAUUGCUAGGCAUUUCUGCUUCCUACGGUAAUGCCCCCAUCGAAAGAACUGAAUAUAAUGCCCGGUCCUUGAUCACCUGUUUCAACAAGUACAAUUGUGGCUUCGAAGUGUAUCAAGGUGCUACAAGACCUUGGGUCAGAUUGCCCCAUUAUGCUCCGGGGAUACACGGCGAAACUGGACUGGACGGCACAGAUCUCUUGCCCGAACCUCAAUUCGAGCUGUCAUCCGUGUCAUACCUGGAUGCCAUCGAAGAGAAAAUCAAUCACUGCCAUUCAAAGGGCCUUGCUUUCAACUUCGUCUGCACGGGACCCACAACAGGUAUUGCAACUCUAUUAAAAGAAAGGCCCUAUUUGAUAGACAAAAUCUCUUACAUCUCUAUCAUGGGAGGCGGAUUCCAUGGCGUGGGUAAUGCCAAUAUACACUUGUCUGCAGAAUUCAACGUCUGGUGUGACCCUCAUUCUGCCAAUUUCCUUUUCACAGAUCCAGCCAUUAGUAAGAAAUGUAUAUGGAUCCCCUUGAAUUUGACCCACAAGGCAAUAGCCACCAAGUCCAUUGUUCACGACUUGUUCGAUGCACCAAUGAAAAGGGGCACCACGAUAAAACCGUUGAUGAAAGAUCUGUUUGCCUAUUUCGGCAAGGCGUACAAAAACCAGGAAGGGUUCCAAAAUGGGCCGCCGAUCCACGACCCUUUGGCUCUCUUGCCGCUUCUGGACUUCUACGGCGACUCCAGCACGAUUAACUUUAUAUAUAAGAGACUGGACGUCAUUGUGAACUACUCGUCGGAAAAUGAUCCUGAUUUGGGCAAGUGCUCCAUUGUCAACGAAUACGCAAGAGAUUCCUCGUUGGGAGUCAUUGUCGGAGUGGGAUUGAAUUUCACUAGGUUUUGGAAUGAUAUUAAGAUCUGUGUGGAGUAUUGUGAGGCGAACCAAUAG